UAAACUAGUAACGACCGUCAAGCGGUGACAACAUAUUAGCCUAGAUUACGUUUUACUACGUCUCAGUUCGGGGGGGAUCAGUACUUGACAAUGGCUGGGGAAAUGUCUAUGAUCGGAUCGGUCAUUCUGGCUCUUUUUCUAGCUGGCUAUCUGGGCCAACAUUAUCUGCCUCCACCGAAACCAAAAGUAAUCGGCCUAGAUCUGGGGACCACUUUCUGCUCAGUGGGAGUAUUCCACCCGGGUACCGGGGAUGUGGAGGUGAUAGGGGAUGAGGAGGGGCGGAAGAGCAUCCCUAGUGCGGUGUCGUUCACACCUACCGAAGUUUUCGCCGGUUACGAGGGUCAGGAUCUGGCCGAAAACAAUCCUCAAAACACCAUCUAUGAUGCCAAGCGGUUUAUUGGAAAGAUAUUCGAACAAGAUCUCCUUGAGCAGGAAAGUGCUCGCUAUCCAUUCAAGGUGAUAAAUAACAAUGGCAGUGCAGAGUUCUUGGUCACCACCAACCAGACGUUCACAGUUACUCCCGAGUUCAUUAGUUCUCGGCUGCUGCUGAAGAUGAGGAAGAUGGCAGAGCAUCACCUGGGUGUCCCCAUCAAGAGGGCUGUGAUCUCUGUCCCUGCUGAGUUUGAUGAUAGACAGAGGAACUACACCAUCAGGGCUGCCAACCUGGCCGGACUGGACAUCUUGCGUGUGAUCAACGAGCCCACGGCUGCAGCGAUGGCGUAUGGGUUACACAAGGUGGACGUGUUCAACGUGCUGGUGGUAGACCUGGGAGGAGGAACGCUGGACGUCUCUCUGCUCAAUAAACAAGGGGGCAUGUUCCUCACCAGAGCCAUGGCAGGUAACAAUAAGCUGGGGGGGCAGGACUUCAGCCAGAGGCUGCUCCAGUACACCAUGGAGAGGGUUCGCCAGCAGUACGGCGUUCCCCCCACCCUCAAAGAGGACAUCCACCGCCUCCGCCAGACCGUGGAGAUUGCCAAACUCAACCUCACCCUGCAGCUCAGUGCCCACCUCAGGGUAACCCUGCACCUGGAGCCCCAAGGGGACCCCAAGAAACCACCACAGGGGCCCGCCAAGGACCCAAUCCCAGUCAUCUUCCAAGCAGUCAUCACCCGUGAGCUGUUUGAAGAGUUAAAUGACGACCUCUUUCAGAAGGUUCUGGCACCUGUAGAGACAGUGCUGGCCGAGGGCCGCCUGGGGAAGGAGGAGGUGGAUGAGAUAGUUCUGGUGGGAGGCUCCACCCGCAUCCCUAGGAUCAGGAAGCUGAUCAGUGAAUACUUUGGGAAGGAGCCCAACACCUCAGUGGACCCAGACUUGGCAGUGGUGACCGGGGUGGCCAUCCAGGCUGGCAUCCUGGGUGGCUCCUGGCCCCUACAGGUCAGCGCUAUAGAGAUCCCCAACAGACACCUCCGCAAGACCAACUUCAAUUGAUCUAGUCUAGAGAGGUGGUUAUGGACAUAAAGAUGCCACCAGACAGAGACUUGCCAUAUUAUAGGAUGGUCUGCAUUUUCACUGUUAAUUGUCCUUCUCCAUCUUCACGUAUGCAAUAGUCCUAUGAGGUUAAAAUAUGAUUUUCAGCUCUAAUAGAUCUUGGAAUAUAUUUUCAGAGAAACUCAAAUUACACCAUCACUUGUUUACUGCUGGCCCAAUUUAUUGGGCCAACUGUGGUAGAUUGAAAUGGUAUUCAAUUCAGGGAACAACCUUUAUUUCUACAGCACUGUGAACAGCCAAUACACCUUCAGCUAUUUAUUUAUUUAUUUGUUUGUCUGUGCAUAUGUGCGAGCGUGUUUGUACUGGGGGUGGGGUGGGGAUACAGCACAUUAGGAGUAUUUGUUUUUCAGUGGAUGACAACACGCUUGUGCCUUUUCAGAGAGCUGCUGUGUGGAGCUGUACUGUGCUUUUAAGCCACCUGAUAUGAACUACCACCAGUCAUAUUGACUAGGGCAGUAUUCUAGAGUUUUGGACCAAAUAUGUUUGCACAUAUUGUUAGGCUACUGCUUGAAUGUAAAGCUACUAUGUUCAGCUUAG